AUGCCGGGGCGCCAGGCUCGGUGUGGGCAGAGCGGGAGAGACCUGUCCCCGGGGUUUCGGUUAAGGCGGUGUGGAUGCACACCUGGCCAGGUUUGUAAACGCCUGGAUCGGGUUACCCUUUCGCGUGUUAAAGUGGAACCCUUGUUAAAAGCAGGAGAACAAGAUCAGCAAAAAACCACAGUGAUUGAAAACGGUGAAAUCAGAUUCAAUGGAAAAGGGAAAAAGAUUCGGAAGCCUCGAACCAUUUACUCUAGUCUACAACUCCAGGCUUUAAAUCAUCGCUUUCAGCAGACUCAGUACCUGGCACUUCCAGAGAGAGCUGAACUGGCAGCUUCAUUAGGACUUACCCAGACACAGGUGAAGAUCUGGUUUCAGAACAAACGCUCCAAAUUCAAGAAGCUGCUGAAGCAGGGCAGCAACCCCCACGAGAGCGACCCUCUGCCCGGCUCCGCCGCCCUCUCCCCUCGCUCUCCGGCUCUGCCUCCAGUCUGGGACGUUUCAGCUUCUGCCAAGGGAGUCAAUAUGCCUCCCAACAGCUACAUGCCUGGCUAUUCUCACUGGUAUUCUUCUCCACAUCAAGACACAAUGCAGAGACCACAAAUGAUGUGA